CUCUUCGCCGCCGCGCUCAGGUCGGCGCUGCUGCCUUCCGCCGGCCCGCGGUUACCCUGGCAACGGCGCCGUCGGCGGAGCGAGGAGCCCGGGCCCGGCGGCAGGAUGAUGCUCUCGCGGGCCAAGCCGGCUGUGGGGGCUACCCCGCCGCCGGGGGACAAGCGGCGGAAGAAAGGGAAGAAGGUGCCGCAGCUGGAAGAGCUCCUGGCCCUGAGGGACUUCACCGGCGCGAUCGCCUUGCUGGAGUUUAAACGGCACGUGGGUGAGCAGGAGGAGGAUGCCGACCUUUGGAUUGGAUACUCUGCCUUUCAUUUGGGUGAUUACAAGAGAGCGCUGGAGGAAUAUGAAGCCUUAACCAAACAACCAGCUUGCAAUCCAGAUGUUUGGGUGAACCUUGCCUGUACAUACUUCUUUCUGGGGAUGUAUACGCAAGCUGAACAAGCAGCCUUGAAAGCACCUAAAAGUCGUCUCCAGAACCGUUUACUCUUUCACCUGGCACAUAAGUUCAGCGAUGAGAAGAAACUGAUGAGCUCUCACCAGAAUCUGCAAGACAUUACAGAAGAUCAGCUUAGCUUGGCAUCUAUCCACUACAUGCGGUCCCACUACCAAGAAGCCAUUGAUAUCUACAAACGCAUUCUUCUUGAUAAUCGGGAAUACCUGGCUCUGAAUGUAUAUGUGGCCCUAUGCUAUUACAAACUGGACUACUAUGAUGUAUCACAGGAAGUGCUAGCUGUUUAUCUUCAGCAAGUUCCUGACAGCACCAUUGCUCUUAACCUUAAGGCUUGUAAUCAUUUUCGACUUUACAAUGGGAAAGCUGCUGAGGCAGAGCUCAAGAACUUGACAGACAGUGCCUCAUCGUCUUUUGAGUUUGGCAAGGAGCUCAUUAAGCACAAUCUGGUGGUGUUCCGAGGAGGAGAAGGGGCUUUACAGGUCCUGCCUCCUCUGGUUGAUGUUAUUCCUGAGGCAAGACUGAAUCUUGUGAUUUAUUAUCUGCGGCAAGAUGAUGUGCAGGAGGCCUAUAACCUGAUUAAGGACCUGGAACCUACAGCUCCACAGGAGUACAUCCUCAAAGGAGUGGUAAAUGCAGCACUUGGACAAGAAAUGGGCUCGAGAGACCAUCUGAAAAUUGCUCAGCAGUUCUUCCAGUUGGUGGGUGAAUCAGCCAGUGAAUGUGAUACCAUUCCAGGGAGACAGUGCAUGUCCUCCUGCUUCUUUCUUCUUAGACAGUUUGGUAAUGUCCUGAUUUACCUCAACUCAGUCAAGAGUUACUUCUACAACGAUGACACAUUUAACUUCAACUACGCCCAAGCCAAAGCUGCCAUGGGCAAUUUUAGUGAGGCUGAAGAGGUGUUCCUUUUGAUCCAGAGCGAGAAGAUAAAGAAUGAUUUUGUUUACCUUAGCUGGCUGGCUCGCUGCUAUAUUAUGAAUAAGAAACCACAGCUGGCCUGGAAGCUCUAUCUGAAGAUGGAGACCUCAGGGGAGUCCUUUAACCUAUUGCAGAUCAUUGCAAAUGAUUGCUACAGAAUGCAUCAGUUUUACUAUUCAGCCAAAGCAUUUGAUGUUCUGGAGAGACUGGACAGUAAUCCUGAACACCGGGAAGGCAAGAGGGGUGCUUGUGUGGGUGUCUUUCAAAUGAUCUUAGCUGGCCGAGAAGCAAAAGAGACUCUACGGGAAGUACUGCAUCUUCUGAAGAGCACUGGUAAUUCUCAAGUAGAAUACAUUGUCCGCAUCAUGAAAAAGUGGGCCAAAGAGAAUAGGGUCCCUGUUUAAGUCAGUGCCACAAAAUGAACUGGGUUGGUUACUGUAGUGUAUGUGGCCAUAAGAUGUGGGUCUUGAUUUCUCCUGUGCAUUCUGGGUAUCCCCUUCCUUGCAGGACUUUAAACAAUCAAGCAGGUUGACCCAGGUGAGCAAUGGCAUAGUGCAGUGAGAUUUCAAAACAUUCAGCAAGUGGGUUUUGGGAUUUUUAUUAAACCUUUAUCGGUACUUUUUCUGCUACACCACCUCUAUUCCUCAUUCAAACUUUCAGUAUUUAGUAGUAAUUCCAGCUGCACCCAAGUCAAAGUGUUUCUCAGAUGUUCCCCAGAUUUCUCCGCGCAAGGUACUGGACUGCUUUGUGAGUUUUUUUUCAGCAAGUCUUCUGGCCUUCAGAGAAGAAUCAUUUGUUAAAUGACUGAGAAAGAUCUACUUCAGCAAAUGAUGGAAUGUGGCAAGUAGAGAGGAUGACGGUGACAACCAAAAGCCAGUACUAGUGUAUCAGAUAAUACAAAAAGACUGCUAUAUAUAAAUAGAAGGGUAAAAUACAAACCAUAUUCUGAGUGCUGUCUUUUUCUGGAUAAAUCUCAAUAACUAAUACCUUCGUUUCUUAGGGUCUUUUAUAAGAAUUGUUUUCUCUCUUACUAUCUUUUUCAGACCAUAGAGAUUUGACUGACUGUAUUGUUCAAUCUUGCUUUGAGGUUUGACACUCAAAACAUUUAUUCAUGUUAAUAUAAUUUGAGUAAUCCAUUUAGUUUAGCAAUCAGAUGGAUAAAAGAACUGGAUGUUUUGAAUCACUUCAGCAUUUACCACCUUCAUUAGCAAUAUAUUUAUUAUACUUUUGGAUUUGUUAUACUCUCCUGGUUUUUGCAAACGGUUCAGGGAAUACAUACUUCUAAAAGAAGGCAAUAGUUGUAACAUAGAAAUUUAUUAUACGUUUUAUAGUGAAAAAACAUUUGUAUAUUACUUUAAAAGGAAAAUUUACAUUUUCUAGAUUUGUAAAAUACUUGUGAUGGUUAUUUUUAUCUUUCGGAAUGAAACUCAGGAUACUCUAUUCUCUACUGUCUGUGCUUUGAUUAAAGUUCUUAAUUGAAUCUACA